AAAAAUACCCGAACUUGGGUUAUAUUUUACUAAAACCCCACGGACAAAAGCUGCGACGGAGUUUUAUAAACCUCAUUUUCACAGACCCCGCUAUAUCGUAAAACUUAAGCCAACUUACCGGCGACGAUCGCCACCCCUCACCGGCUGCUACAGGCAAACUCCUCAUCCCAGGGUAACAAGUGAUGUAUUUUGAGACAUUUGUUUCAGAAAUUUAGUAGAAGCCCACACCCGUAAUGGAUUUGAAACUAAAAACUAUUACCUGGGUUGGGAAGAACAUCUCCCAGAAGUUUGAAACAAUGUGCCAGGAGGUGGAUAAUAUUGUGAGUCAGGACACUGUUAGAUAUGUUGAAAACCAAAUGCAGACAAUGGGGGACAGUAUGAAAAAGUUUUGCUCUGAUGUCGUCCAAGAUUUUCUUCCUCCUUCAGUGGAUCCUGUAAGACAUGAAGCUCAAGAACCGGCUCUGAAAAAAAAUGCUGUCAUUGGUACAUAUCUUAAGUCAAUAAUAGGUAUUCAAGAAAAUUCAGUAGAUGUGUUCACUAACCAAUCACCUGUGGAGCCUGAUGCUGUUGAUCCAGAGACCAACAAGAUAGGAAAGGAAUUGAGUGGACUAAACCUUGGAAAUCAACUUAUAAGUACAAUUUCUGACAAUCCCUCUGUGAGGUCAGAGUCUGAUUUGGAUUCCGGCCAAAUCGAUGAUGUUUUGGCACAUGAGACGUCUGAUGUGAAUAAUGAAAAGAAUUCUUUAAAGGAGAACUCAUCUACAUCUUGGGUAUUGGAGUCAAUAUCUUGUGGUGAGAAAGACUCUUCAAAGGCAUCGCCAAUGAGCAAGUCUGCUGAUUGCAAUCAGAAAAAUGCAUGCUGCUAUGUGUCAGAGGUUUCAUCUGUAACUUCAGUUUGUGUUGUGGAGUGCCAAUCUGCCCAAAAAAUGAGUUGGGUUUCUGAUAAGUUUUUGAGUGUUUCUGAUUCUUCUAAUGCUUCUGCUGCUUCUGAGGUGGCUUUCUCAGUUGUAUCUAGUGAGGAAAAAGUAUCAGAAACGGGAUUGAUGUCCUCUACCAAUUCACAACUGAUGGGAUCUAACAGAUUGCAUAAGAAUUCACCUGAAAACUUUGAUACAAAAUCAGUGUGUUGUAAUGACCCAGUUGAUAAAAUUUGGUCUGUUUCUGAUUGUUCUGAUGCCCCCCCAUCCGCAACAUUGUCUCUAAUUGCCUCUCUCAAAGACAAUGAAGCAAAGGCAGGACUCCUCAAAUCCUGCAGUGUCCUGUCGUCAGAGUCAGAUGCAGGGGAAGAUAUCUCCAGAGCAAAUUGUACAUUGUCACUUGGUGAGACAUCUGAAAAUAGUAAUGCUGAGCUUUGUGGUUCUGCUCAAUUUGAUGCUUGUACAUUCUCUUCAGAUAGUGGAUGUUCACAUUAUCGCAGUGAUGAUUUUGAUUAUUCUGGGAUGGAAACAGUUGAAUUGUCUGAAAAAGUGAAGCUGGAGGAAAGCUGCGUCAUGGUUGACAGUAGCGCACUUUAUGCUGUUGCUCAAAGGACCCAAAAACUUGGAUCAUUCAAGAAAAGAAUCAAGGAUGCUUUUGCUUCGAAAAAGAGGUUGGCUAAGGAGUAUGAGCAGCUAGCAAUUUGGUUUGGAGACUGUUAUAUUGGACCUAGUCAAGAGUUAGCGCCAGCUCUCUUGCCAUCAACAACUAUCACUUCAACUGUGGACUUAAAGGAUUCAGAUCAUAUAUCUGAUUCUGAAUGGGAACUCUUGUAAAUAAUUUAAGUUUCUCACUGGAUGGCUGGGGCCAGAGUGUUCAUGCCACCUCUUGAAUGUGCAGAUCCGUGUGUUGUCUUUGUAAAUAAAGUCAAUAAGCAGGUUCAAGUUCCCUCUGCGUAGAGAUAAGAAACAAUAAUGGUAUUCAAAGAUGGGAUAGACAUGCAGGUUUAUCUGUUUCUAUUAAUGGAACUGCACUUUUCCCUGAUUAGUUGCAAUAUAAUGCAAUCUCUUUAUGGUAUUGCCACAGGCAAUAUAUAAUA